AUGGAGCCAGAUGAGGCGCAGCGCAAUACUCGCUUCGAAAUAGAGGAACUGUUUAUCCACGCCAAGGUUUGCGUUCAGGAGCAACUUGGACCAGACGCUAACAGCACCGGCAUUCAUGAAUCUACGGUUAAUUUUGGGCACACAUCUGCAGUUAAGCUCCCGCGCUUAUCAUUGCCGACAUUUGACGGCAAAUACUGCGAGUACCAAAACUUUAUCUUGUCGUUUAACCAAGUUAUUGGCCACCAGCCAUCCAUGUCUAAGAUCAAGAAGUUCAACCAGUUGUUAAACUGUCUUCGAGGACCAGCCCUUGAAACGGUUCGAGCUUUCCAGGUGACCGCAGACAACUACACAAAGGCUCUGGACCGCUUAAAGCAGCGCUACGACAACCCGACUCUCGUAUUUUUGGAUAACAUAUCGCCACUCUUCGCAUUGCCAACUGUCGCCAAGUCAAAUGGUCAGCAGUUGCGCAGCCUAAUCGAUAAUGCAUCCGCAUUAUACAACUCGUUGCGUUCGUUGAGCACCGAGCCACAGAUUUGCGAGGCCAUGCUCAUCUCCAUAGUUAUGGGCAAAGUGGACCAGGAGACUAAGAGGAAGUGGAAUGAGUCGCUGGACUACACUACGUUGCCUUCGUGGGACAAAUGCGUUGGAGUCGUUGAACGUCAUUGUCAAUAUUUGGAAUCGGAUAAGAAGCCUCCUGCUGAAGCCGCUAUGAGUCAACCAGGUGGCCAUAGGUCGCGCUCGCAGAGGAAUCAGGCAAGUCUGUCCUUCAAUUGCACCACAGAAACUUGUAACAUCUGUUUCCAGACAGACCACAAGACCUUUAGAUGCCCAGAACUAAUCAAUCUCGCCCUAGAUAAUCGCCUCAAUGCAGUAAAGCGCCACAAGCUAUGCAUUAAUUGCCUUGGCAGGGGUCAUCUUGUAGCCAACAGCCCGUCGACGCGGAGGUGCCACUCAUGUGCACUACCGCAUCACUCGCUGCUUCAUCGGCCAUCGCCAGGAUCGGCCGCAGCUCCCUUGCCACUCCCUCAAGCGGAGCCUGUACAAGUUUCGGACGCAGUCGCGCAUACUCACACGGAGUCUCGUUCCGACUGUGUCAUUCUGGCCACGGCACUGAUUCUGGUCAAGGAUGCAUCUGGAAGCUACAAAAUAGGAAGAGCGCUUCUGGAUUCAUGUUCUCAGGUGAAUUUCAUAUCCGAGGAGUUUGCCCAAAGACUUCGACUGCCACGGAGCAAGCUCAACCUCGAGAUUCGUAGCAUUGGUGAGACACAAACGCGAAUUAAACACCAUGCAACCACCAAUAUCAAGUCGAGGCACAAUGGAUUCGAGUUGCUCCUUGAUUUUUGCGUGACAUCCCACAUUGCCUAUCAUCCAGAAUCUGCGUGGAACUUUCCGCAGCACUCAUCUCAUAGUGUCUGGUCGAUGUCGAGCUCAUCCCAGAACACUCCAUCAGUACUCAUCUAUCGCAUUAACAGAAAUUAA